GGGCUCGAUUGGUUUCCCCACCUCGGCCUAGGGUUAACAGGAGUCCAUGCUGUCUCAACCUCAGACACUGACUCCUUAUUCGCUGACUACGCAGAUGUGUUCAGUGAGGAGCUGGGGUGUUAUAAUGGAACCCCCAUCUCGUUCACCGUUGACCCCCAGGCAGUCCCAAUCAGAUUAAAACCACGUAGAGUUCCAUUUGCUAUUCGACCAAAACUAGACGCUGAAUUGGAUAAGCUACUAAAACAAGGGGUCAUUGAGCCAACAGAUUUCGCCAAGUGGGAGACGCCCAUUGUCACACCCCUCAAAAAAGAUGGUAGCCUGAGAAUUUGCUCGGACUACAAGACAACAAUCAAUAAAUAUUUACAAGUUAGCGCCUACCCUGUGCCCGUCAUUCAGCACUUAUUGCACACAUUAGCGGAACUUCAGACCAUCGUCACUCACAGGGGUGCCUUCCGAUGCAAGCGUCUCCAAUUUAGCGUAAGUGUUGCCCCGGGUAUUUUUCAGUCCCUCAUGGAGCGGAUUUUACAGGGCCUCCCUGGUGUAGUACCCUACUUCGACGACAUCUUGGUCUCGGCCAGGGACAGACCCCAACUCUUCCAGAGGGUCACCGACCAUAAGCCCCUCCUGGGCCUACUGGCCGGCGACAAACAGACACCUCAAGUCCUUUCCCCUAGAAUGACAAGGUGGACACUUUUCCUAGCGGCCUAUUCAUACAAACUUAUUCACCGCCCGGGCAAAACUCUAUCCCACGCCGACGCUCUCAGUCGCUGCCCCUUACCCGCUCCGGCUGAAGACCCAGCUCCUGUCAACGCCAUUUUUGAAAUCACCCAGUUGGACCUGCCCAUCACCGCCCUUGACAUCGCCGCCAAAACCAAGGCAGACCAAACGCUCGCCCAGGUGCUCGACUGGGUGAGGAGGGGGUGGCCGGGAGGCAACGUCGAUAACAAAUUCGCACCCUUUAAGACUCGCAUGCAGGAGCUGUCCAGUUUGCAGGGUUGUCUACUGUGGGGCACUCGAGUGAUCAUUCCGACCUCGCUGCGUACCCGAGUCCUGGAGGCGUUGCACGAGGGACACCCCGGCAUUGUGAGAAUGAAGGCGUUAGCACGCAGCUACGUGUGGUGGCCGGGUCUAGAUGAGGACAUUGUCAAUUGGGUAAGUUCCUGCAGCAUUUGCCAGGAAUCCCGUCCUGCUCCCCCCAUUGCCACCCCUACCAGAUGGGAGAGCGCCAACGCCCCUUGGUCUAGAAUCCAUAUCGAUCUGGCAGGCCCCGUGCAUGGAAAGAUGUUCCUAGUGGUCGUGGACGCUUAUUCCAAAUGGAUAGACGUGGCGCAGCUAUCCACGACCACCACACUAGCAAUCACCAAUGUGUUAACGCGCCUGUUCGUUACACAUGGACUACCCGACUCCAUUGUCUCCGAUAAUGGCCCACAGUUCGCAUCAGUAGAAUUCAGCCGUUUUGCUGCCAACCUGGGCAUUCGCCACAUUUUCACAGCCCCAUUUCACCCUGCCAGUAAUGGGUUGGCUGAAAGGGCCGUCAGGACCACCAAAGAGGCCCUCGCUAGGUUCCGGCGCCUGAGGACUGUAUUGGACAGAUUGCACCCACAAUACUGCCCUGACUCUCCCCUCGCUUCUACGUCGGGGGUUAGACAUUUCUUGUUACAGGAACCGAUAUUCGCAAGGAAUUUCGCCGGGGACCCACUUUGGAUUCCAGGCGAGGUCAUCGCCAUCACCGGGCCGAGAUCGUAUAGAGUCAGG